AUGACAGUGACGUACUCGCGCAGGGUUGCAGAUGCCCGCCUGGGCACCUUCUCCCACCUGCUGCUGCGCUGGAAAGGCAGCAUCUAUAAGCUCCUGUACAGAGAGCUGCUUAUCUUCACUGUGCUGUACUGUGCCAUCAGCAUCCUCUACAGGUUCCUCUUGGAUGAUGGACAGAGAAGGCUGUUUGAAAAGCUCGCCAUCUAUUGUGAUCAGUAUGCACAACUCAUUCCUGUGUCCUUUGUGCUAGGUUUCUAUGUGACCCUUGUGGUGUCACGCUGGUGGGGACAGUUUGAGAGCGUUCCGUGGCCAGACCGCUUGGCUGCCUUGGUGGGGGGUCAUGUUCGGGGAGCAGAUGAGGGAGCCAGACUGAUCCGCAGGAGUCUGGUGCGUUAUGCUAACCUGUCCGGCGUCCUCAUCUACCGCUCCAUCAGCACUGCUGUUUACAAGAGGUUCCCCACAAUGGAGCACCUGGUACAGGCAGGGCUGAUGACAGUAGAGGAGCUCAGGCAGCUGGAGGAACUGCCGUCUCCUCAUAAUAAGUUUUGGGUUCCCUGUAUGUGGUUUGUCAGCCUGGCACUUAGAGCAAGGACAGAGGGACGCAUCAACAAUGACGUCGCACUCUCUGCUAUUCUAAACGAGUUAAGUACGUUACGCUCUCAGUGCAUGAAGCUGUACAGUUAUGACUGGAUCAGUCUGCCACUUGUAUACACUCAGGUGGUAACCGUGGCUGUAUACAGUUUCUUCUUGGCUUGUCUGAUUGGUCGGCAGUUUCUUGACCCGACCCAAGGCUACCCAGGUCACGACCUUGACUUCUAUCUUCCUGUCUUCACCCUGUUGCAGUUCUUCUUCUAUGUCGGCUGGCUCAAGGUAGCAGAGCAACUCAUCAAUCCAUUUGGGGAAGAUGAUGAUGACUUUGAAACAAACUGGCUGGUGGACCGCAAUUUACAGGUAUCUCUGCUGUCAGUUGAUGAUAUGUAUGAUCUAGUUCCGGUUGUAGAGAGGGAUAAAUACUGGAAUGAAUCAGAGCCCCAGCCUCCUUAUACAGCUGCCAGUGCUGAACACCGAAAACCCUCAUAUAUGGGGUCUGCUCUGGACAUCAGCGUUCCCAAAGAGGAGAUGGAGUUCCAGCACAAUCUAGAGCAGAUAAAGGAACACGAAGAAGCCAACCAUUCCACUCCCCUGCUAGGCAGUCUGAGUCGUCUGUUGGGUGUGCAGUCUCCCAGUUUCCCUCGCGCUGCUCCUUCUUCCAGAGUUUCUCUCCUCCGUCGCCGUCCCCGAGCUCCUCUUAGCCGUUUCCCUCUAUACCUUCACCCCGAGGCUAUCGCCUUGGCUGGCCACGCCCACAGCCCACCAGAACGAGACAUGGCUGAGUAUGCCUUUUCCUCCAUGCCCCUUUAUGAGAGACCUGGCUUCUACAGCUGCCCGCAGACGCCCAUUCACUGUGUUCCCCCGCCUGUCCACAGGCCCCGUCCCCCCCGCAGGCCACAGGGCGACUUGGCACAAAGUUCCAGUUCCCUGGCUCACCCUCUGCUGGGGUCACAGCAGUUGCUUCCUCCGGAUACCCCUGGUCAUAUCCCGUCCCUGCCCUCUUCGGCCUUCCCCUGGGUGGGAGGGGAUGGGGAACUCCCGCCUGCACCCACUUUCUCCUUCCCUGACCCUCUGCCCAAACCACGGCCCACUCAGGGCCUCCUGUCCCAUCGCCCUUUGCCUCCUCGUCUCUCUCUUGAUACCCCUCCCCCAAUGGAGCCACAGCCAGGACCCCCCAGCGCCCGUGGUGGUGGAGAGAGGGUGUUCUCAUUCAACCCUCCCUCACGGAAUCUCAUCCAGACCAGCACAAGCUCAGGGUGCGCAAACUCCCCCAACACAACCAACAGCAAUAACAACAUCAUCAACAGCACAGGUAGCCUCUGCAAUGGCACUGGACUUGCAGGCAGCUCAGUAAACAACCUACGACCCAUCAACAGAAGCACCACAGCCCUGACCAACACAGCCAAUGCAGUCGCUCCUGCUGCUAUGGCAACGCCACAAACAACCAAUCAGCACAAUUCCCCCAAUGAUUCUGGGAUUUCACUGUCUGAAGGGGAUUUGAUUGGCGGGAUGGUGCAGAGUGGGACCAUGAAAGCCAGUUGAGCGAGGGAACAAUACUGAGGCAGUUGAAGAGGAGGGAUGGUCUGCUUCAGUAUGAUCAAUAUACUGAUGCCGAAAGUUCAGACAACGACGCUAUUUGUGUUCAGCAGUGAACCGAAUAAUAGCUCCUUUGACAAGGUGGACAAACAGAUGGACAAUUAUGUAUAAUCAUUCUCAUGAUGAAGAGAACUAAUGCAUAAUAAGCAGGAGGACUAUUGAGAUGACUGAAUAGAGCUUGCAUCUG